AUGAAAUAUCCAUUGAGCAUUCUUUCACACGUGCUGUUUGUCGCGCAGCUGGCUGCUGCACAGCGCACGACUUUUCCGAAUACUUUGUCGAAUUAUCCGACGACGCCCGAAGGAAGUUUCAUUCGUCCCACCCUUGAUCAGGGUCAGGUCUUUCAGAACGGGUCGAAGUUGAUUGUGACCUGGUCCUCCGUUUACGUCAAAGCCAAUUUAUUUCUCAUCGCCGACGACGUGUUCUGGUACCCCAAUUGGCUUUUGGCGAAUACUACGCAAACUUCCUACGAAUGGAGCGUGAACGACCAUGGCAACAACACAUCUUUCUUUCGCUUCCGCCUCAUCAAUGCGCUCGGAACCGAGGAAGAGCAAGCUACAGGAGGCAUAGAGAGCGGAGCUUUCUGGGUCGCCGAUCAGGCCCUGGUCGAUUCUUUCAAAAAACCAACGACGACUGCUCCGCCAGUGGCCCUGCCAGUAGCUACAACAGCACCUACAACGCCAGCAUCGCUGAACGGUGUCUCGACGUCUGCAAAUUUAGGCUCUUUGACCAACACAGCCACGACCGCCACCACUGGCACAAUUCCAUCCACCGCGACCUCUAAAAAUUCAACAGGCAUCUUAUCGAUGCCAGUGGCAGCAACAGUGACAGUAUCGAUCGCGCCGUCUACGACCGCCGCAGCUUCUAGCUCCAAUGAUGCUGCACCGACUACGAGCAUGGCUAUGGUCGCGGGCAUCAGCAUUGGCGCUGGCGUCUUGCUGAUAGCCCUGACGGCUGGCCUAGUCUUUUUCCUCUUCAGGCGGCGAAGAAAGGACACAAGCGCCGUCGGCUCUUCCAAAGAGAUCACCGAGGAGCCUCCCCAAUAUGCCCACAAUCCUUCUUAUUCUUCGCUGGACCUCCCGAAAGAGGCUCCUGGUGACGCAUGCGUCAUGGAAAUGCCGGGCCAUUCUCAUAGCAUCAAAGAAGCACCGGCCGGCGUAUAUUAUGCUGAAGCGCCAGGUCAUUUCGGACAACCACACGAGUUGCCUGCUAGCUAUGGCAGAAAGUCUAUGAGUGUUCGCGAACUUGCGGCACAUCAUGGUGACUGGAGAUCAAAACCGCUCCCUGCUCCGUUUGACAAUGGCAGAUAG